AUGCCCUCAUCUCAAGUGCCUGAGCUCAAAGUAUCAGACAUUCAGGCAAGAACAGCACUGCUUAUGUGGUCCCCUCCAUCCAGUGAUACCAGAGAAGACGCUGACAAGAGUGACAUACAAGAUGUUUAUACUUACGAAGUAAUGAUUUCAAAUACUGGAAGAGAUGGAAAGUACAAAACUGUAUACGUUGGAGAAGAAAAUAAAGUUACUGUAAAUGAUCUCAGGCCAGCAACUGAUUACCAUGCAAAAGUCCAAGUAGAAUGCAACUGUGUAAAGGGGAGCCCUUCAGAAACAGAGAGUUUUACCACAACGAGUUGUGAACCUGAUACUCCAAAUCUGCCCAGGAUAACUAAUCGGACCAAAAAUUCUCUUACUCUGCAGUGGAAGGCUUCUUGUGAUAAUGGUUCUAAAAUCCACAGUUACCUUUUAGAAUGGGAUGAAGGAAAAGGAAAUGGAGAGUUUUGCCAGUGUUAUUAUGGCCAACAGAAGCAGUAUAGGAUUACUAAACUAUCACCAGCAAUGGGGUACACGUUUAGGCUAGCAGCCAAAAAUGACAUGGGAAUGAGUGGUUAUAGUGAAGAAGUCCUGUAUCAUACCUCAGGCACUGCCCCAACCACACCAGCAAGUCCUUUGCUGAUUAAUGCUGGAGUUACUUGGUUAUCCCUACAGUGGACAAAACCCUCAGGAACACCAUCAGAUGAAGGAAUCUCGUAUAUAUUAGAGAUGGAGGAUGAGAACUCAGGAUAUGGUUUCAAGCCAAAAUAUGAUGGUGACGAUCUUACCUACACGGUGAAGAAUUUGAGGCGUAGUACGAAAUAUAAAUUUAGGGUCAUUGCCUAUAACUCAGAAGGGAAAAGCAGUCCAAGUGAGACAGUAGAAUACAUUACUUGUCCAGACAAGCCUGGAGUACCUUCAAAACCCGCAGUGAAAGGAAAAAUUCACGCACAGAGUUUUAAAAUAAUCUGGG